AUAAAACCAACUCGGUACGUUCCCAAUUUAGUUUUUAUUCAAUAUUCGAACGAGGUGUGAAUUUCUAACAAUGUUUCACUUAGAGGGGAUUAUUUUUAUAGCAAUAGUUUGCGCUGUGAACGCAUCGGUUAUUGUUAAUAUUUAUAAUGAUGAUUUACAAUCAACUACAACACAAAAUCUUAAAGCCUGCAACUUGCACGAAUGCGAACAGCUAUGUCAUCGUAUCGGAUUCCCUGGAGGAGCGUGUGUCAAUAAUCGCUGCAAAUGUGACAUAAUAGAGAGGAAAGAUUUACAGCCUACUGCACAAAAUCUUAAUGCCUGCGACUUUCGCGAAUGUGACCAACGAUGUCGUCUUAUCGGAUUCCCUGGAGGCGCGUGUGUCAAUAAUCGCUGCAAGUGUGACAUAAUAAAGAGCAACGAAUUAGAAAAAGACGAUCAAGAUCAAAGUGUACGUGGAUGCAACGAUGAGGAGUGUGACCAAAUUUGUCAAAAACUGGGUUUACCUGGUGGGUUAUGUAUUGGUGACAGUUGCACUUGUAGAAGCUCCCUACAAAACAAAGGGUCAGAAGAAAGCGAUUUUGUUCAAAAUAUGCGUCAAUGUAACAACCAAGCCUGUGAUCAACUCUGCCGUAGAAUGGGUUUUAAUGGUGGAGAAUGUGUUGGCGAUCAUUGCAGUUGUGACAAGUUCCUGCAUAGUAAAGUUCAUUCAAAGUUAGAAAACAAUGACUUUGACAGAAGUGUCCGUCAAUGCAACAAUCAGGCGUGUGAUCAACUGUGCCGUAGAAUGGGUUUUACUAGUGGUGUAUGUGUUGAUGAUUGGUGCAGUUGUAAAAACUUUCUUCAAAGUAAAGGCUAUUCAAAGUUAGAAGAAAACGACUUAGAUCAAAGUCUACGUCAAUGCAACGACCAAGAAUGUGAUCAACUUUGUCGUGGUCUGGGUUUUGCUGGCGGCGUUUGUUUUGGUGACAGUUGUAGUUGUAAUGGUCUCCUACGACCAAAAGUUGAAAAAACACUCAUUGAGGAAGAUGAACAAGAGAAUGAUAUAAACUAUAAUUACGUCAGCGACAAAGCAAGUAAGAAUGUGGACAUUUGCAGCACGCCCGCUUGCGAAUUUGCAUGUCGAAAUAUUGGCUACCCGGGGGGUAAAUGCGACAAAGGAAAAUGUACAUGCGUUUCUCAAGCCACAAAUACUUUGAAAACCAUUACAAAUUGCGACGAAAUCGCUUGCAACAUUAUUUGUGCAGAUUCGGGCUACGUCGGAGGCUACUGUCUAAACGACGAAUGUUCGUGUUUCUAAUUAUAUAAUUAAGUAAAUUAGAAGAACCAAUGAUAUUGUUUUAGGCGUCUUAUGCUUUAAUCAAAAACCAAGCGAAUUUUACUCCUGUUAAUGUAAUUCUUCUAUUAAAUUAUAUUGGUACAAAUUCUUCUUUACGAUGACGAUAUGUCAUUUUCAACCGAAGUUUUGAGAAGCCGAAGAAUUGCUCAUCUUUAAUUGUACAACGCUAUUUAACAGAAUCUCUGCUCUUGAAGUUAAAUACACAUUAAGUUCUGUUCGGAAUUUAUAAAAAAAUUUAUUACACAUUAUAUUUUAUAGAUGAUUCUUUUAUAUGACCUCGUAUUACUUAUAUUUUAAUGUUUACAAUGUAAGCCCUAUUUUUAAAAAAAGAAAAAACAAUAUUUA